GGUGUUUUAGGAAAAAUAUUCAUCUUUCUUAAUAUCCUCACUCUCACAUGCAUGAAUUUGGUUAAUUCUAUAUAACAAGUAAUAUCUUAUAUUAAACGUUUUUUAAUAGAUUUUUUUAAUUUUAAUCGUAAUCUUUUAAUGCUUCCUUCCGAACGGGAUUUAUAAGUAUACUUUUUGUGUUAUUAAGUUACAUGGUUUUUUUUCAUGAAACAUUUUAUGAUUUUUGUGUCUUAACGCAACUGCAACUUCAUGUUGUAUUAUUGUCCGAAGGAGGAAGGGGCAAUAAAAGGAACAAGAAAAAAAAGGAAAAAGGAUAUUAUAUUAUAUUAAGAUUAUUAAAUUGAAAAAUAAAAAGGAGAAUGCUGUCGUGGCGCGUUUGUGGCGCGCAAUCAUGGUAAUGUGUUAAUCUUCAUAGGCCACAGUGAAUCUGUGACAGCGAGAGGUUGAAGAAGAACCAGAAACACCAUCACAGAGCAGAACAAGGGGACGAGAAAUCAGAAUCCCUCACUCACUAACUCACCCCUCACCACAACCCACAGACUCUCCGAAGGAAAUCCUUUUUCUUUGCACAACAAUCUCCACCAUUACCGUUAUGUCGUCGGGAGACGACGGCGAUCACGACCGCCACCGCCGAGGUCCUGCUUUUCUCCGGCUGACUCCCGAUUCUACUCGGAAGCGAGAGCGAAUCUUUAAUCACAAGACUCGAAGUUUCGAGCUGCUUCCACCUUCUUCGAUCAAUCAUCAGGAUCAAUAUCGAGCUCCGCCUAGAAACGACGCCGUUUCACUGGGUUUGAUUCCGUUUCUGCCAUUCCUUCCUGAUGAACUCAUUGAAGAAAUUCUCUCGAGGCUUCCCGUGAAGUCGCUUCUGAGAUUCAGGUGCGUUUGUAAGCGAUGGAACUCGUUAAUUUCAGACUCUUACUUUGUGAGGAAGCACCUUCGCUUGUCAACUCAAAGCCCCAAUUUCACACACCAUAGGAUCAUCUUAAGUUCCACAAGUGCAGAAUUCAAUCUCAAAUCCUGCCAUGUGAGUUCUUUGUUCAAUAACCCAUCCACCAUUUCUGAGGACCUUAAUUACCCGGUAAAGAACAAGUUUCGCCAUGAUGGUAUCAUAGGUUCCUGUCAUGGAUUACUCUGUUUCGCCAUUAAAGCUGAGUCUGUGCUUCUCUGGAACCCAUCAAUUAGAGUAUCGAAGAAAUCACCGCCUCUGGGUAAUAAUUGGAGACCUGGAUGUUACACUGCUUUUGGGCUUGGCUAUGAUCAUGUCGCCGACGAUUACAAGGUCGUCGCUGUGUUCUGUGACCCCAAUGUGUACUUCAGUGAAACUAAGGUUAAAAUUUUCAGUAUGGCUUCUAAUUCAUGGAGGAGGAUUCAGGAUUUCCCUUUUGGUGUCACACCAUACCAGAAUCCUGGGAAAUUCGUGAGUGGCUCUCUUAAUUGGGCAGCAAAUUACUCAUCUGGUCCAGCUUCUUUGUGGGUUAUUGUAUCUUUGGAUCUUCAUAAUGAAACUUACAGGGAAGUUCAUCCUCCUGAGUAUGAGAAAGAGGAAUGUUCCACACCAACUUUAGGUGUUCUGAGAGGCUGCCUUUGCAUGAACUAUGACUACAAGAAGACCCAUUUUGUUGUGUGGCUAAUGAAGGACUAUGGCGUUAGGGAAUCCUGGGUGAAACUGGUAAGCAUUCCAUAUCUUCCUAAUCCAGAAGAUUUUUCAUACUCAUUGCCAUAUUGCAUCUCAAAGAAUGGUCAAGUCCUGUUAAUGUUUGAGUUUGACUUGGUUCUGUAUGACCCAAAGGACCAGUCAUUUAAGUAUCCCAGGAUUGAAGGUGGAAAAGGUUGGUUUGAUGCAGAAGUCUAUGUUGAGACCUUGGUUUCACCAGUUCAGAGCUAAAAAGGUUUAAAGUUUUAUGUCAGUGUCAAUGUCAUGUGUAUGUAAGUAAAAGUAAGAGUAAAAAGGUUGUAAACGUUUUAGUGUUUCAAAACCUUUUGGCUUACUAAUCCUGCUGACACUUGAGGCUCUUUCAUCAUCUCGCUGUUAAUAUUGCACUGUAUUUUGAGUUUUGACAUGAAAUGUGUAAAUUAUGUGCAGAACUGAGAAGCAAAGCUGUGUACUUAUGUUGAUAAUAUUUAAUCAAGUUUCUUUCUCUCUGUAA